UUUUAUAGGUUAGGUUAGACGCCAGAAAAAAAUAAACAUGGGACAGUGACAGAAAUUUUGACAGUUGUCGAAAACAAUAAAUAUAGUAUAAGAAUCUCCAUUUUAAGGAAAAUUUGUUUUAAUAACUACUAAAUAAUUUAGUAUCUAUAUUUUUUCUCGAAAAAUGACAACGUUUAGUUGCACUCCAGAAUCAGCAAAAGCUGUACUAACGGACGUUUUGACGGCAUUAAAUGCCCCAGAAAAUAUACAAAAAAUGUCUGUUGCAAAGGAAAAUUCUGGUAAUGAAAUGUUAAAAAUGAUGCAGUUUGUUUUUCCCAUUGUUACGCAAAUACAAAUGGAAGUUUUACGAAAGUACGGUUUUCCUGAAGGAAGAGAAGGAACAGUUCAAUUUGCACAAUUAAUUAGAACUCUAGAGAGAGAAGAUUCGGAAAUUCUACGACUGCAUAAUCAAGUGAGGCAACAUUUUCUUCCACAUAUUCCAGUUGAUACGUCAGCUGAGGCAUCUCUUUAAUUUUCUCAAACAAAUUCUCUUUUAUUUUUUAUAUAAAAUCAAGUUAUUUUAAGCUACGCAUUUAUAUUUUUUAUCUUAUGUUCAAAAUCAUAUUACGCCUGUUUUUUUUUAUCUAUUUUUAAUAAUAUUUUUUAAAUAAAGUUCAGAAUUUUUAUUCAA